UAUAUCAUAAUGAUAAUAUGAUUGAAGGUAUCGAACCGACGUAUAUUCUGCUUGCUGCAGUUUCAGCAAUUGUUUCACUUUGCACAUGGGCUAAAUACAGGGGAAUUGAAUAUAUUAUCAAAAAUUACAGAUGGGUGUUUGUCUGUCUAUUUUUGUUGCCAAUGUCAGUUUUGUAUGAUCUUGUUAUGUAUGUCAGGAACUGGAUCAUAUUCAAACUGAAUUCUGCACCAAGGAAGCAUGACAGUAAAGUUAAACAUGUACAAAAUCAGGUUAAGCAGUGGAAACAAAAUGGUUGUAAAUCAAAAAUGUGUACAGCACGCCCAGGAUGGGCUACAGUCAGCUUUAGACAACCGCUAUACAAAAAACAGAUGCAAAACAUAGAGGUGAAUUUAAUUGACAUUUUGGACAUAAAUGAAGCCAAGCAGACAAUAAGAGUUGAACCAUUAGCUACAAUGGGACAAAUUACAGCCUUCCUAAAUCCCCUUGGUUGGACUCUUCCUGUGUUACCUGAGCUGGAUGACCUAACUGUUGGUGGGUUGAUUAUGGGAGUUGGCAUAGAGACAUCAUCUCAUAACUUUGGUCUAUUUCAACAUUGUUGUGUGGCAUAUGAGGUUGUUCUAGCAGAUGGCAGUGUUGUCACAUGUUCUAAGGAUGAAAAUUCAGAUUUGUUCUAUGCUCUACCCUGGUCCUAUGGAACUCUUGGAUUUUUAGUCUCAGCAACCAUCCAGAUAAUUCCAGCCAAGAAGUAUUUGAAGAUGGAGUACAUUCCUGUUCAUUCCAAGAAAGAUAUGGUUAAAGCGUUUGCCGAUGAAACAAACAAAGGAAAAGAAAACAUGUUCGUAGAAGGAUUGGUGUAUUCUGAAAACUCAGCAGUGAUUAUGUUAGGAAAUAUGACUGAUAUUGCUGAUCCAGAAAAGAUAAACCCUAUUGGAUAUUUCUGGAAACCUUGGUUCUUUAAGCAUGUGGAAGAGUUUCUGGAAUCUGGUCCGGCUGUAGAGUACAUUCCAUUGAGACAUUACUACCACAGACACAGUCGUAGUAUUUUCUGGGAGAUUCAGGAUAUCAUUCCCUUUGGAAACCAUCCAGUCUUCCGUUAUCUCUGUGGAUGGACAGUUCCUCCAAAGAUAUCAUUGUUGAAAUUGACACAAGGGGAGGCAACAAAACAACUUUAUGAGAAAUAUCAGAUUAUACAGGACAUGCUUGUUCCUAUGAAAGACCUUGGUGAUGCUUUAAAAGUCUUCCAUGAUGAAAUUGAAAUGUAUCCCCUUUGGCUGUGCCCUUUUAAGCUUUACAACUUACCUGGAAUGAUUCACCCUCAAGGGGCCUCUGAUGAGAUGUAUGUUGAUAUAGGAGCAUAUGGAGCCCCAAAGACAAAACAGUAUGAAGCCAAAAGAACAACAAGAAAGUUAGAAGCUUAUGUUAGCAAGGUUAAUGGAUUUCAGAUGUUAUAUGCUGAUACCUACAUGACAAGAGAGGAGUUCCAUGACAUGUUUGACCACACCUUAUACAACAAGAUGAGGGAGGAACUGCCGUUCUGUAAACAAGCUUUUCCAGAGGUGUAUGAUAAGAUUAACAAGAAAGUUAGAUCAUGAUGAAUAGUCUCUUUAGGGUUAUACAUGUAGUUAUUUUAAGUUGUUGAGUUAACUUGUAUU